UGUACUCGUUCAUCCGAAGAGGAGGAGGACGUCGAGUUCUUCCGACGCCGUGUCGCUCCAGAACUCCACCCAUCUAGGCGUUCUGUUCGCAGCCCCGCGAGACCCGUGUCCAGGCUCCGACGAAAAAAGUUCGAUGAUGAUGACGACGAUCACGAGGAGGAGGAGCUGACCGAAUUUUCACUGACGGAUCUCUGCUUGGUGAGGAGGAUCGGCGAUGGGGAUAUCGAGAGAAGCCCGAAGGUGCAAGCGAGCGAGCUCCCC